CGUUUUUGACAACCGUUUUUUGAUGUUUUUAUUACAAGAUUUUCAGGGCGAUUUACGGUGUGGUGUAUGGAAGUAAAUAAAUAUCGAAAACUGAAUACCGUAGUAUUGAAUUGAUAUACUUGAAUUACUGAGUUAAUUAAGCGGAUUUAAAUGUGUAGAUAUAUUGGGAUAUACAGGCAGUUGACCGCAUAUCAUGAGCAUUCUUACUUGGUUAUAUUUUUGUGCUUUCAUCGGUGUUGUUUUAAGUGAUGAAACAAGUCAGACAAAUCAUGGUCGCAAUUAUGAGUUAGCUGAGGAAUUCGAUACCAGGCCUCUAGUUGUGGCCACUUUAGAUGGGACUCUGGCUGCUCUGGAUAAACACACUGGGGUAGUCAAAUGGAGAAUUAAAGACCAUCCCAUAGUGCAAGUUCCUUUGAAUACAGCGGAUGCAUUGAUUCCCAUAUUUCUCCCCGAUCCCAGAGAUGGUUCCCUUUACUUAAUGGGGGACAGUAGGCAGCCAUUGAAAAAGCUCCCUUUUAACAUUCCCCAAUUAGUCCAUUCUUCUCCAUGUAGAAGUACAGACGGAAUUUUAUAUACUGGCAAAAAGAAAGAUACAUGGUAUAAAUUAGACCCUAAGACCGGAAACAAAGAGCAGAUAUUGGGUUGGGGCGAUAACAGUCCAACCUGUCCAGUCGAAGUAAAUAAUUUCGUUUAUAUCGGACGCACACAGUAUAACAUAAUGAUGGUAGAUACUAAUACACAUAACAAAAAGUGGAAUAUUACGUUUUAUGAUUAUACUGCUGCUGAUAUGCGAGUAGAUGAAUUUAGCAACUACGACUUAGUACAUUUUGCAUCCAGCUCGACGGGAAAACUGUUAACUUUGGACAGAAGAACAGGGCAUUUGUUAUGGGAAACCGAUCUUGGCAGUCCAGUUAUUGCGAUGUAUUUACUUUCGCUGGACGGGUUGAUAAAAGUCCCAUUUUCAAGCCUUUCCAAUCAUACGAUUCAUUAUUUGGCGUCUGAAAUUGGCGAACAUAAUGGAUUAGUGGAUAAUCCUAAUCACCUGAAAUUGUAUCCCACCCUAUACAUCGGUGAACAUCAUCAUGGCCUUUACGCAAUUCCAUCUCUUGUGGAUCAGAACGUUGUUACUAUAACUGCUUCAGAUGAGGGUCCGUUAUUUCUAGAAGGAGCAUCUCCUGAUCCCCCUAAGUUAUAUGGUCAGCUCCCUAUACCGGGUCGCGACUAUGAAUUACCGGCCGAUGCUAAGCAGGACGCCAAUUCUUAUAGUUUGGCCGGCUUUCAAACCUAUCUGGUCAUAUACACUGGCCAUUACAAUGUGCCAAAUUAUUCAAAAGCGGAAUUUCUGGGCCCUAAUAAACCCACUGGCCAGAUGAAAUUGAUCACUGAUGCCAGUAAAUCUUCAAUUGGAACCCAAACUGAAGAUUUGCGUAGAAACAGUGAGGCGAAAUUGGUUUUGGAUGAUCCCAUCAUUGACCAGUGGUCGAUAAAAUGGUAUAAAUUUGCAAAAUCCUGGAUCAAUCAACAGGAGAACAAGGGGCUGAAGCUUUCCCUUAUAAUAAUGACUGGUAUCGUGUUUUCUAUGUUUUGGUAUCUCCUAAUGCAGGUUCGGGAGGUUCAAAACAUGUCACAGAAUAGUUCAAGGGGAAGUCACCAAAACGCAUUUGGUAGGCAUGGGCAAAUUACCGCGCUUCCUGAAGAGUUGCCUGGUGGGGUGGUGAAAGUAGGGAAGAUCUCCUUCCACCCCGAUCAGUUACUGGGGAAAGGAUGCGAAGGAACCUUUGUAUAUAGAGGCGAGUUCGACAAUAGGAGAGUAGCCGUUAAGCGCCUGCUGCCCGAAUGCUUUACCUUCGCCGAUCGGGAAGUGGCAUUGUUAAGGGAAAGCGACGCGCAUCCUAACGUUAUUAGGUAUUACUGUAUGGAACAGGACCGCAUGUUCCGAUAUAUUGCCUUAGAAUUAUGCCAGGCUACUCUUACUGAAUAUAUGCGCGGUAAUUGCGAUACCACUGCGAUAUCCCCAAUGGAAAUUUUAUAUCAGGCUACUUCUGGAUUAGCGCAUUUGCAUUCCUUGGACAUAGUCCAUCGGGAUAUUAAGCCCCAUAACGUGCUCAUUUCGGUGCCAAAUAAUAGAGGAGAGGUGAAAGUGAUGAUAUCUGAUUUCGGCUUAUGCAAGAAGUUGCAGUUUGGAAGAGACUCAUUUUCCCGGAGAUCCGGCGUUACAGGGACAGACGGGUGGAUUGCCCCUGAAAUGCUAACCGGCACGGGGAGAACAACCGCAGCGGUGGAUUUGUUCUCCCUUGGAUGUCUUUACUACUACGUGCUUUCAAAGGGAGGUCAUCCCUUUGGCGAUGUUCUUCGUCGUCAAGCCAAUAUUUUAAUGGGCGAGUAUGAUCUUGACGAAUUAGAAGGGCCAGAUUGGCAGAAAGAGUUGCUAAAGCCCCUCUUAGAAGCCCUGCUGUCGUGUGAGCCCGAAGCUAGACCCUCAUGUAAUGCUGUUUUAAAGCACCCAGUAUUUUGGAACAGCCACACCAUAUUAGCGUUCCUGCAGGAUGUCAGCGAUCGAGUGGACAAGUCCGAAGUUGAUGAUGAAGUUUUACUAUCCGUUGAGGAAGAUUGCAAAUCCAUAGUCAUGCAAGAUUGGCGGGUGUACAUUCACAAAGAGGUAGCAAAGGACUUAAAGAAAUACCGGUCGUAUCGAGGGGAAAGAGUUAGAGAUCUGCUGCGAGCACUCAGAAAUAAAAAGCAUCAUUUUCGAGAGUUGACCAAAGAAGCCCAGGAUUAUUUGGGCGACAUUCCUGAGGCUUUUACCAGUUAUUGGACCAGCAGAUUUCCUUUACUUUUAGUACAUGUGUACAUCGCCAUGCAAUGUGUGGCGCAUGAAGUCACAUUUCAAAGUUACUAUGAUAAAUCCUACAGAUAUUCAGUUAACCAGUUUAAAUGCCAAGUUUUAAACUACGUCCGUUCAAACCCUGUACAAUUGCCCUUAGACGUCAACUUGGAUCAUUUUGAGACCAGCUCAAGCCCCAAAAAAACGCAAAGUCGAAAUUCAAGCCAAAAAUCAGUAGAGUUAAGUGAUAUUUCUAUUAAUUUUACGGAUAACACUAAUCUAGAUAGUACUUAUGUAGCACCGCCUAGGAGGAGUGUUUUGUUGAAAUCCCGGUCCAGGAAAAAGAAGACAGUUGAUGAGCCUUUAAACUGGAAUAUUUCAGAACAGUAAAAUUUCGCUUUAUUUUUCAGGUGGUUAGUAUCAUCCGAUGGUUCCACAGUGUUUUUAUUGGUCGGAUCUUCCAGUGAGUACGUUUGAAGUCGCUUAAAAUUGCAAAAUUUUGACAUUUUUAUUUAAUAUUGCAUUGGCGUGUUUAUGCUCCGGUUACGGUAAAUGUUUUAUAAUAAGAUUUAAUUGACUAAGUACGUCUAACAAAGUGCGGUUCUCUUUUAUUAUUGUAGAUGUGACCAAACAACUGAUCUCAAUUUUUUUGGAUAUUUUUCAUUAGCCGACAUCGAACGCAUCUAUAUAACAUCUGCCUAAUAAAAGCUUUGCCGGAUUAUCGGUUUAUCGGUAGAAAAGAAUAUAAAUUCAUUUUUACAUGAACAGUCUUGAAAUGCUGUAUUUUACAUGACAAUGAUUUCAGCUUGGUUGAAGAGGCUUAGAAAAUGUAUUUUUCAAGCCUUAUUUUUGACGAGUAAAACUACACGUUUUUUUUUUAAGUUACGGUGUCUGAAACGUAUGAAAUAGAUUUCCAAAUGCACAUGACAAAUUUUACCGAUGUGAAUCUUUAAGUGCCUUGAUAUUAGUGAUUUUAUUAGCGAGAUCGGAUAGUAAUGUCGUUAGUUUUAAAUUAUUUACACGAUUUAAUCGCUACCAUUUUCAUCUGGUGAGCACAUUUUCACGACCGGAUUGAUUAAAGUCAAUUGGUUUUUUCAAAGAUCUAGGGAUGGAAAUUUGGCUACCAUCAGGAUUGCUGAUAAGAAUAAAUUUUUCAUUGCA